UGCUACCUUGAACUUGUGCUUGCUGGCCUUGGACCCCACAUUACGCUUUUCCUUGCAUUUAAGCGCAAAGUUAGGAGCGAUCUGACGAUACAUAUGACUCCUCCCUGAGGCAAAACAUUGCAAGCCGCAGCUUUAGCUAUGGCUGCUACUGCUCAGGACUCUCAGGCGCCCCUGCGGGGCCCGGAGAAGAAGGACGAGGACCGCGAGGACGAGACGGAGUUUUCUCCUUUCUAUGGCAUCGAUAAGGGCGCUGUGCUGCAAGAGGCUCGGGUGUUUAAUGACCCCCAAAUUGACCCCCGGAGAUGUCAGCAGGUUAUCACCAAGCUGCUCUACCUGCUCAACCAAGGCGAGGUGUUCACAAAGAAAGAAGCAGCGGAGGUGUUUUUCGGCGUGACAAAGCUGUUUCAGAAGCAGGAUAUCAACCUUCGGCGGAUGAUGUAUCUGUGCAUCAAGGACAUUUGCCCGGGCGCCGACGAGGUCAUCAUCGUCACCAGCUCUCUCAUGAAGGACAUGAACAGCAAGACGGACCUGUACCGCUCUAACUCCGUGCGCGUGCUCUGCAAAAUUAUCGACGGGCAGCUGCUGGCGCAGAUUGAGCGGUACUUGAAGCAGGCAAUUGUGGACAAGUCCGCGGUGGUUGCCAGCGCUGCUCUAGUAAGCGCACUUCAUCUGCUUGGAAACAAUGCGGAGAUUGUCAAGCGCUGGAUUAACGAGGUGCAGGAGGCAGCGCAGAACAAAAACAACAUGGUGCAGUUCCAUGCUGUGGCUCUGCUGCACGCCCUGCGCGCAUCGGACCGCCUGGCCAUCAGCAAGCUGGUCACCAGCCUUACCAAGGCCAAUGUCAAGAGCCCGCUGGCGCAGUGCUUGCUGGUGCGGUAUGUCGCGCAGGUGAUCCAGGACUCGCAGCCUGGCCCGAACGGCGAGCAGCGGCCCUUCUACGACUUCUUAGAGAGCUGCCUGCGGCACAAGGCCGAGGUGGUGAUUUUCGAAGCAGCACGGGCAAUCUGCAACCUGCGCGACGUCACCACGCGGGAGUUGACACCAGCCAUCACCGUGCUGCAGCUCUUCCUCAGCAGCAGCAAGCCCGUGCUGCGCUUCGCAGCAGUUCGCACCCUCAACAAGGUGGCCAUGACGCACCCGCUGGCCGUCACCCACUGCAACAUCGACAUGGAGUCGCUCAUCAGCGACCAAAACCGCUCCAUCGCCACGCUCGCCAUCACCACCCUCCUCAAAACGGGCAACGAGUCCAGCGUUGAGAAGCUGCUCAAGCAGAUUGGCAGCUUCAUGUCGGACAUCGCAGACGACUUCAAAAUCGUCGUGGUGGAGGCCAUCCGCUCCCUGUGCCUGAAGUUCCCGUCUAAGCAGCGCGCGCUGAUGAACUUCCUGUCGGGCGUGCUGCGGGAAGAGGGCGGGUUUGAGUACAAGAAGGCGAUUGUCCAGAGCAUCCUGGUGCUCAUCCAGGAGAUCCCGGACGCAAAGGAGACAGGCCUGGGGCACCUGUGCGAGUUCAUUGAGGACUGCGAGUUCACAUACCUGUCGACGCAGGUGCUGCACUUGCUAGGUCAGGAGGGGCCGAAGACGAAGGAGCCGUCCAAGUACAUCCGGUACAUCUACAACCGCAUCAUCCUGGAGAACGCGACGGUGCGCGCUGCAGCGGUGUCGGCAUUGGCGAACUUUGGGGCAGCCUGCGAGGCGCUCCGGUCGCGCAUCGUAGUGCUGCUACGCCGGGCGCUGUCCGACAAUGACGACGAGGUGCGGGAUCGCGCGACGCUCCACUUGCAGCAGCUGGAGGGCAAGGCGGGUGGCCCGGAAACCGUGCAGCCGCGCGUGGACGUCAACCUGUCGGCGAUGGAGAAGGCGCUUGCAGACUACCUGGCGGGGCCCACCGAGAAGUCCUUCGACAUUUCGGUGGUGCCGAAGGCCGUACCCGCGGCACGGGCGGCUGGAAGCGCUGCGCUUGGUUUGCCGACCAGUGCAGCAGCUGUUAGCGGCGGUGGAGCGAUGCCGGCGACCAGCGCCGCCCGCAAGGAUCCCACAGCCGAGUACGCUGAGCUGUUGCGCUCCAUCCCGCAGCUGGCGCCGCUUGGCGAGGUGUUCAAGAGCUGCGAGCCGGUUCGGCUGACCGAGGAGGACACGGAGUAUGCGGUGUUCUGCGUUAAGCACAUUUAUGAGGGGCACAUUGUGUUCCAGUUCAACUGCACCAACACCAUCGCGGAGCAAGUCCUGGAGGACGUCAGCGUUGCCAUGGACUUGGCGGAGGCGACCGAGUUCGAGGAGGCCUUCACCGUGCCGCUGGACACGAUGCCGUUGAACGGCGUGGGGCAGUGCUUUACGGUCGUUGAGCGGCAGCCGGGCGCUAUUGCCACGGGGAAGAUCGUCAACAUCCUAAAGUUCAAGGUCAAGGAGAUCGACCCUGGUACGGGCGAGGCCGAGGAGGAGGGCUACGAGGACGAGUACGUGCUGGAGGACCUGGAGGUGACCCCGGCCGACUACGUGAAGCCUACCCUGCUGAGCAACUUCCGCAAAGCAUGGGAGGAGCUGGAUCCCGCCACCGAGAAGGAGGACGAGUACGGCCUGGGCACGCGCGAGGGUCUGCAGGAGGCGGUAGAAGCCGUGAUCGGCAUCCUGGGCAUGCAGCCGUGCGAGGGCAGCGAGGCCGUGCCGCCGAACGCGCGCAGCCACACCGCGCUGCUGGCGGGCAUCUUCGUGGGCUACCAGCAGGUGCUGGUGCGGAUGUCGUUUGGCAUCGACGUGAGCAACAACGUGGCGAUGAAGCUCGUGGUCCGCGCCGAGUCGGUUGAGCUGAGCGAAGCCAUCCACCAGAUCAUUCAGGACGCGUGAGCUUUGCCGCCGUACCUUCGCUGUCCGCAAGCAUUGUAGAUCCGGACUGCCGGUCGCACGCACUAGGUAGUUUGAGCACAUAAAAGUUUUAGGCGUGAUGGUGGCUCUGGCUUUGGCUUGGGAGUGAAUACAGACGUCCGUACAGCUGUUUUGCUGGUGAUAACCCGGGCGUUAAACGCUUCUAGCUUAUAAUCUUUAAUAGGGGGCGUGUCUGGGAGCCAGACUGACAGGUGAAGUCAUGUCUCUGCGUACAUCGGCUAGAAAAGCACGGACGAGUCCUGUCGGUGGAUUAGAAGUGUAAGCGCUGUCGUACAUGAGAAUAAGUGACAGAUUAGCAUGACGCAGGAACUGCAGGGCAGCUUUACAUUGUUCGGCCGUGUCGCGUAAGCGUACCAGAUGUCAACUUCUAAUGGUUAAAAAUGCUUCAUACAUAGUCAGGCUGACAGGAUCUUCGCAGUGUCAGGGUUUCCGCAGGACUGCACACGCCUUCUCUGUUGUAACUGG